AUGCAGCAAGGAUCAACAUCUAAUGGCUCUUUAAAUGUUUCAAAAAUUCCUGAACAUAAAAUAAACUCGGAGCAUUAUGAAAACCGCACCUGUUUGCUUUUAUACUAUUUCGAUGAACUCGGAAGAAUUUUAGUGAUUAAAUCUCGUCUACAGCUCGAUAAAAAGUUAAAAAAUUCAUUGAGUUUUCUUGUUAAGAUUUUAAAGCCAAUCCAUACCAACGAGCAAAGCAAAGAUCCGAUUGAACUUGAUUUGAUUGCGGAACGUCACUUUUUUAUUGCGUUCAAGGACGAGGGAAAGUUUUGUUCAAAAACUUAA